GAAGGGCAAAUGGAUGUGUCUAUUUGACAAGAUUGAUAAUAACAUUGUCCCUAUCUUAAUCAGCCUUAUAGCCCAAGAGUACAAGUUAAAAAAGGUUUGGCGGCUCAAUCCGAAUUUGUUUCCAACGUUAAUUAUGAAUUAAUCGUUUCCCUUCGUAUAAUCCAAAGUCCGAAUUGACCCACAAAGAUAAACCAGCUGGCCCGCCUGACCCACACUUUCGUGAACGUUACAACUUCUCUUAAUCCAAGAAGUAACAAGGGUUAAUUUUGUUUGUUUGCCCGUAAAACCCUGAAAAAGGUCAAAAAAAAAAAAACAAAGAAGCAAAAUGGUAAAUAUAACAUCAAACAAUGGCAUUUUCCAAACAUAAAGUACCAAUCCUAUUCUCAAAUUGUACUACACAAAUUUAGAUAUAGUACAGCUGGGUUGCAAGUUGCAACGUCUUCUUUUAUGAAUAUAAAUUCUUCAACUUUAAUCUUUGAUCUCUCUUUUGGUUCUGGGAAACUAAGGAAAAAUGUUGUACUUCAUUUAAUUUAUUGACAUUGAUUUUCUUUUCUUUUCUUUUCUUCACCGUAAAAAACUGUGGAGAUGAUGCACAUGACCUUGUACUGGAGCCGGCAGGUGACUCUCCUGUUCAGUUCCUGGCAGACCGAGUCAUGGCUGAGUUACGCGUUGACUCUUGUGGCUUGUGUUUUGGCUUCUGCUUUUUACCAGUACUUGGAGCACGUAAGGUAUCAGGUCAGGCGGGGAGGGAAGCCGGCGGAGGGGACGGCUGAAGAGCCGCUUUUGCUGCAGCAGAAGGGAGCUGGGGCUGGAAAUAGAGGUAAGUGUUCGGUGAAGAAGAUCGUGGGAGGGGUGCUUUUUGGGUUGAGCUCGGCUUUAGGGUAUUUGUUGAUGCUGGCGAUUAUGUCGUUCAAUGGAGGUGUGUUUCUGGCUAUUGUUUUGGGCUUAACGGUUGGGUUUUUGGUGUUUAGGAAUGAGGAGGAUGAUGAGAUUGCUGGCGUUAAUAUCACUUGUGCCUGUGCCUAAUGGAAGAAAGGGCAGUUUAUUUUCCCCUUUUUCUAUUCUGUUUUCUUUUUUCAGGCGUAGGUGCCUGGGCUCUGUCUGUUUCUGGGUUUGGAUUGGGUGAUCAUGGUGUGUGUCAAUAUGUAAUCAUCUGACUCUCUAAGUUAAAAAGUCAUUACUGUAAUUGUCAAUCGGUAGUUUUUCUAUUUAUGAUUGUUUGUUUUGGGAGAA